ACCCAGUCAAUAUUGCCACCGCAUGCGAGAUCGCGGAAGAGUCCAAAUGGGUCCAGUUCCUGCCCAUGCGGUGCGCGCAUGCAGGCCAGGCUCAGGUAGCCUUUCCAUUGAACCACCAUGUCCUCGACACCCACCGUUACCUUCACUUUCAUCAGGCAUGGCGAAUCGACGGACAACCUGACAAGCGCAUGGGCAGGUUGGAAGGACGCACCGCUCUCUAACCAUGGCAUGAACCAAGCCAAGGCACUGGGAAAGUCAUUCGCGAAGACACACUUCCUGGCUAUUCACGCUUCCCCCCUCAAGCGUGCACUGUGGACCGCUCAGGCAGUCCGAGACGCGCAGACCGAGCAGCCACCUCUCACGACGUCUCCCCUCCUACGCGAGCAGCACUGGGGAGUCGCCGAAGGCAAGCCAUGGAUCAUGCACAUGGAACAGGGCCUCACCUUGGAGGAGCACUUCGCGCGCGGCCUUUACCCGGUGCUACAGUCCCGCUCACAAAAGUUCCCGGAGGGCGAAAGUCUGGACGACCUCGCUGCGCGCGCAAAGAAGGCUGUCGACGAGUUGUUGAUGUCCUACAUCUGGCAGGCGGCAAGGGCGGGAGACAAGGGCCUCCACAUCGCUAUUGUGAGCCAUGGACUCUGCAUAAGCGAGCUUAUCCCGGCACUGCUCGUCAAAGACGAGAGUGGGGUACAUCCGGGCCACCGAUACAAGGGUCUUCUGAACACAGCUUGGACGAGGGUCACGGUGAACGUCAAGGGCGCAAUGGAGGGUGUGCCGAUGGACUUCCCGGAUAACCGGCCUCCUCCACUCGAAAUCAAAGUAACAGACUUCAAUCGGCAUGAACACUUAGACAGUGUGACUCGCCAGAAGGGCGGCAUUGGGAGCUCGGAGUACGACCCCAACCAGCAGAGUAUCCGUGCGUUCUUCGGCGGUGGCGGGAGCGUCCCUGUCGAAGAGGGGCGGGCUGCGAGCAACGCUUAUGACGAGACGAACAUCAAUAUCCGGAACAAGUGACCGACGACGACGACGACGAAGCAGGGUUUUGUGGGUAUGCGUACAAUUACAAGAGUAUAGCGCUAGCUUUGUAGAAUUAGCCAGGAGGAUACCAGGGACGGGGACAACGCACUGUAUGAGCCUAUGUCUAAACCUGUACCCAAUCUCAUUCACAACGAUCCUAUGGGGAGCCGUAGGGCAGGAGCUUCUUCAGCCGGACUGUUUGUGAGUCGUGCGAGUAGGCGGUUUGCGCCAGGCGGUUCUUCCGCGCCAUGCUCUUGUUCACGUUCAAAUGUUUGUGCCCUGCAUGGCCCUGAAGGGUGCCGC